GCAGGAGCUACACGAAUAGUUGAAAUUAAUUUGAUAAGAAAAAUUCGGCAUAUUAAACUGUUAAGUCCAUUUUAACAUCUUUCAGAUAAAGCAACUGUUCUGAUAUGACUGAUAGGGAAAGACAAAGAGUUUACUUUCUGUCUAGAAACUGUUGUGAGGGUUUUUCAUAAUGGACGUUUUAAACCUAUUUAGAAAUUUCGAUGGCGAUUUUGGCACUCUUUACAAAUAUACCUGGCUGGGAAAUUUGUUAACUGGGUUGUUAACACAAGCUCAAGAAGGAUACAAAAUUUUUUAUCUAGUCUUAAUUGGAAUAGUUGUGAUAAUAAUUACAGUGACUGUUAUAUGUCUAAGAAGAUGCCACCAAAAAGUGUUCUCAUCGAAGCAGGCGUGGAAUCACGAAGUUGGGCGAUUCAGAAAGCGAGACAAAGCUUUAUUUUACGGCAGGAAAAUGAUGCGGAAGGUCAAGAACAUCUCCGGCCAAGUUCGGAAUUCUGGACAAGGAAAAAAGCGGAAAAUGGUUAUGAAAUUUGCACGGAGGUUACUCCAGAUAAAGAAAGAUGAACAGGAACAACUUAAGGUCUUGGAACCUCCUGUUGAGUAUUUACAAGAAGAUACUUUAAAUGAUGAUCGCAUGCCUCCAGAUGUUUUGUACAUGUUGCAAAGUAUUAGGGUGUUUGGGCAUUUUGAAAAGCCAGUGUUCCUCAAAUUGUGCAAGCACACCGAAAUAAUAAAUGUUAAUGCCGGUAGUUACUUAUUCAAAAUUGGUGAUCCCGAUGAAAAUUUUUAUAUCCUUCAAAGUGGAAGGCUCAACGUUUUCAUUACAGGCCCUGAGGGCACCACCUCCUUAAAAUUGGUGAAACCUGGCGAAACAGUGACAUCGUUGCUAAGUUUUACUGACGUUUUGACUGGUCAUCCCAAUCCCUACAAAACGAUAUCGGCGAAAGCGAUCGAAGAUUCGACUGUCGUCAAGCUUCCGAUGGCGGCUUUCCAGGACAUAUUCAACGACUAUCCCGAACUCUUGAUCCGAAUCAUGCAGGUCAUCAUGGUCAGACUUCAAAGAGUCACCUUCACCGCCCUACACCAGUACUUGGGUCUGAGCGCCGAGCUAGUGCGCCAGAGUUCCAAACAAAAGAACGCGACGGUUUCGUCGCCGAUGAAGAGAAAACGCGACGAGCAGACGACGAGGGAGUCUGCUUUGCCAUAUGCUCCAAAAGAUACGGUUCAGCCUUAUCCGGUGAAAGAAUCGGCACUGCCGUACACUCCAAAAGAUUCUGGUCCUUGGUUCGAGGCGACUCAACCGACGGCGAUACCACCGGGGCACAGGCGCACUAAGUCCUCGUUUGAUCCCAAGUCCAUGUCACCUGGAAGUUGGCCGGAUAUGGUGGCUGAUGUCGAAGGGGGACCGAGUAACGUAAAUACCAUGGCGCCCGACGUGACCAAAAAGAGACACUCGGUACCCGAAGAGGUGGACGAAUCGGAGCUGAUACGCAUAGCGACAGCGGCGUUCGUCAACGAGCUGGGGCUGAUCAAUGACAACGAUGUCAACCUCAACAUAGAAAUUAGGGAGGUUUCGGCCGGUACUUACUUAAUGAAAGAGGAUUCGAACAAGGAUGUCGCUCUGGUGUAUGUCAUUUCGGGCACCCUCAGUCUAUCCCAGAGGCUCACCGACGGGACCGACGAAGUGCAUAUGUUCAACGCCUAUCCGGGAGAGAUCGUGGGCGGACUGGCGGUACUGACCGGAGAGCCGAGCUUCUUCACCAUACGAGCGAAACACUACGCCCGGAUUGGUGUACUUUCAAAGAAUACUUUUUAUAACGUUAUGAAGGAGAAGCCCAAGAUUGUCCUCUAUUUGGCCAAUAUGGUGGUGAAACGACUUUCCCCUUUCGUGAGACAGGUGGAUUUCGCGCUAGAUUGGUUAUUCCUGGAAUCCGGUAGGGCGGUGUAUCGGCAAGACGACGAGAGCGAUUCGACCUACAUCGUGUUGUCCGGUCGUCUGAGGUCCGUCAUCACCCACAAGAACGGCAAAAAGGAACUGGUAGGGGAGUAUGGCAAAGGAGACUUGAUCGGCGUGGUGGAAAUGGUGACCCAAACCAAGAGGAGUACCACCGUCAUCGCCGUCAGAGAUUCGGAACUGGCCAAAUUGCCCGAAGGUCUAUUCAAUGUGAUCAAGUUACGAUUUCCUAUCGUCGUAACUAGACUCAUUAACCUUCUGGGUCACAGGAUAUUAGGUUCUUGGAAAAAGCCGAGCAUAGGUCCGACUGUGAGAAGUUCGGCCUUGGACAGUCGACCUUCUCAGAUUAAUUUUUCGACGGUGGCUAUCGUAGCCGCUUCGGAUGACGUGCCCUUGACCGCUUUUAGUUACGAGUUAUAUCACUGUCUCUCCGCUAUCGGUCCCACCCUAAGGCUGACCUCAGACGUUGUCAAAAAAACCUUAGGGGCCACCAUAAUAGACCCCAAUAACGAGUACAGGUUGUCAUCUUGGCUCGCCCAGCAGGAAGACCAACACAAAAUUUCGCUGUAUCAAUGCGACUUGACCGUUUCUGCUUGGACCCAGCGAUGCAUCAGGCAAGCCGACUGCAUACUGAUCGUCGGUUUGGGCGACAAUUUGCCGUCUCUUGGCAAAGUCGAAAAAGAACUGGAACGGUUGGCGAUCCGAACCCAGAAAGAGCUGGUUCUGCUGCACAAGGAGGGCGGUUUUCCCCACAAUACCAUCGGGUGGUUGAACAUUAGGUCCUGGGUGUCGUCCCAUCACCACAUAAUGUGCCCCAACCGGUUGUUUUCCAGGAAAAGUUUAUACAGAAUUAACGAGUUGUAUUCGAAAAUUUGCUCGACGGAUCCGAAUAUCCAUUCGGAUUUCUCGCGUCUGGCCAGGUGGUUGACCGGCAAGUCCGUCGGUCUGGUGAUGGGCGGGGGCGGGGCUCGAGGCUCCGCCCACAUCGGUAUGAUCAAGGCCAUAGAGGAGGCGGGUAUUCCGAUCGACAUGGUGGGUGGCGUUUCCAUCGGCGCCCUGAUGGGGGCGCUGUGGUGCCAGGAGCGCAACAUAACGACAGUGACGCAGAAAGCGCGCGAAUGGGCCAAGAAAAUGACGCAGUGGUGGCGCCAAAUUCUCGACCUUACCUAUCCGAUGACGUCGAUGUUCAGCGGACGCGACUUCAAUCAAACCAUCAAAGCGACUCUGGGCGACACCUACAUCGAGGACCUGUGGCUGCCGUAUUUUACCGUCACCACCGAUAUAUCGUCGUCGUGUAUGAGAAUACACACCCAUGGGUCCCUGUGGCGCUACGUCAGGGCAUCCAUGUCCCUGUCCGGGUAUAUGCCGCCGCUCUGCGACCCGAAAGACGGCCACUUGCUGCUGGACGGUGGCUACACCAACAAUCUUCCAGCCGACGUGAUGAGGAGUAUGGGCGCCGAUCACAUCUUGGCCAUAGACGUCGGGUCUGUGGAUGAUCACGACCUCACGAACUACGGCGACGAUUUGUCCGGCUGGUGGUUGCUGUGGAAACGCUGGAACCCGUUUACGAAGACCGUCAAGGUUCCGGACUUGCCGGACAUUCAGUCGCGAUUGGCCUACGUCAGCUGCGUUAGACAGUUGGAGGAGGUGAAAAACAGCGACUAUUGCGAAUACAUCCGACCGCCCAUCGACAACUACAAGACCUUGCAAUUUGGUAGUUUCGACGACAUCCGCGAGGUGGGGUACCAGCACGGCAAAGCGUACUUCGACGGGCAGAGCAGGGCCGGCAACCUGCCCACUUUUAAAACCUCGCAGGUAUACAAAUCGCAGUUGGGCGAGGACGGGCCCAUGUCCCAGUACACGUUCACGGAUUUGGCGCAGAUGGUGUGCAAAGUCGCUAGGCCCUACGAAGGGGAAUCGUCCGCUUCCAGUUCUUCAGAAGAAGAUGACGACGACGAGGGCAGAGGAGGUUACGCGUCCGAGCCCACCGGUGGUUUUUCCAAGUUGUACGAGCGACAGUUCAGCUGGCAUGGCGAUAGAAUUUGUGAACUCUAACCUUUUAGAAUAUUUUGUGGCCGGAAAAUGGUGAACAGUUGCGGGGUCUGAGGCGAGCGGGCGGCUCCCUCUCGUUAUCAGAAAACGAACUCGAAUCCGAUAUUGAGUUCCACGUGAAGCAGCCUCAAAACUUUUCGUAAAAUUUAGGUUUCGUAUUUUUAG